UUGGUGGAUGCAUGGCGUCCAAAUGACGACUGGACCGGCGUGACAAGCACGACGGAGAGAAAGAAACGGCAGAAUAGAAUCAACCAAAGAGCGUACCGUAGAAGGAAGAACGCUCAGCGGAUGCUCCCGCAGAGCCCGAGCCUGCAGAGCAGCCAUGUAUCACCAAUCACUGCGGCUGCAGGUGCUUCUGAUUCGUCCGAGAGACGCAGCGGUAUAGGGUGCGACUAUCGGCUGACCCCUGCUGCAUCUGACGGUCCGGUCCUGUUGGUGUCCCCGGAUCAAGUCGCCUAUCUGCGCGAACUGCUUCGACGCGCCUAUGAAGACUACAGCCUCGGAGCGCUUCGUCCCAGCAACCUUGCGGUUCUCAUCCGACUCAACGCCCUCAAUGCGGUAGCCCGAAAUGCCGUCUUGAUGGGCUUUCCUGCAGAAGGUCUAUGUCGCGACGAUUUCGAAUCGCCCUACACAGAAGCGGGUCCACGUCUACCACAAUCCCAGAUUCCGGCACCGGCAUGCCCGAAAAUGUUAAUGCCAACGGCAUUACAGCGGACGGUCCAGCAUCAUCCAUGGCUCGACCUGCUCCCCUUCCCGGCAUUUAGAGACAACAUGCUACGUGCGCUUGAUGCCGGAAUUUUCGACGAUGACGAGUUGUGUGAAGACGUCCUUAAUGUUGGUUCUGAAGACCUCGGAGAGAAGCCUGCACUAAUUGUGUGGGGCGAGUCAUCUGACUCCGGGGCAUGGGAGGCGAAUGUGCCGUUCUUGCGGAAAUGGGGAUGGCUUCUUCGCGGGUGUGCUGAGCUGAUUGAAGCGACGAAUUACUGGCGUGAGAAGAGAGGAGAGAAGAGACUGCGGCUA